AUGGUGCAAGAGGCCGCCAAAACUCGUCUGGAGACCUUGGAGAAGCUGUUCGCCUCGCUGCAGACAACGUCGCCGACCGAGAGCGAGCGUCUGGUCCAGCGCAUCCGGACGGGCGAGAAUCUCUCGUCCAUAGUGGACGACCCCGAGGCGAGCCCGGCCGUCUUCGAGACGUUGACCGAGCAGAGCUCAAGCUCUGGCAGUGCGCUCGAUACGACUCCGCAUCUAGAGAACCUGGACAUCGACCCUCUAAUACCAGCUGGGCCCGUCACGUUGAAGGGCAAGACUCCGGUGCACACGGUUUCUCUGGCUGAUGGCGCAGUAGGGUUGACGACUGCAGAGGUCCCAUUUAUUGUUCAGAUGAAAUUACCAACCUCUGAGUUCGUGAGGGCCGCACUCGAGGCGUUCUUCAGCUCGACAGGAAAGCUGUUCCAGUUCUUCUCCCGAGAGCAAGCAGCGAGAUACUAUGACAUGGUGUUCGACCAAGACUCCACCGAGGUCAGCAAAGUCGCAGUGUGCUGCGUGGCUCUGGUCGCUGCCAUGGGGCUGCAAUACGAACAGAGCGAGGAGAACGCGAGUCGGGAGAAGAUGGACGGAUUAUACAAUGUCGCAAAACACUACUACGAGGCGGUCCUAGUAGAACAUCCUCUAGAUGCUAUCAAAGUCUGCGGGCUUUUGGCCAUGUUCAACAUAUUCGACAAGGUGACGAUAUCUUUGGCGUAUAUUGGGAUGACGGAGAAGGUGGCUUUGACGGAUUUUGAUGUAGACAACUCAACGAAUCUUGCUGAUCUGGUACAAUCGGAACUCACAAAGAUAUCCAUCCUCAAAGCCGACAUUCUACGCUUGAACCUACUUUUCAAGGACCUUUCAUUUCUCACAAUCGAGACUAUUCUCCUAGAUCUACGAGAAUGGCACGCUCAGCUACCGAGCCUAAUGCAUCUUCACAACGUACAGAAUGCAUCUCUACCGUGGAAUCUGCGUUUGACGAUCUACCAUGUGCACCUCCUGUACUUAGGCGCAUUUAUGCUUUUGUAUCGCAGGAUAGCAUCUCAAAUUGUCAAGAAUCGUGGAAUCCCGGGCGAUAGGACACUCCCCUCGCGACCGUCUAAGGAGCUCGUUGGGUGUGCGGAGGAGGGCGUUCUCUCGGCCAAGAGCACGGCGAGGAUCCUCGGUACGCUAAUGGCAGAUAACGGAGUCUUCAAGAAGUGCUGGCUCGUCAUCUACCAAGCAUAUACUGCCUGCACAGUUGUCCUGUAUUCAGUCGCGCAGAAACAGCUUCACUUUCUAACAGCCUGCGACACCGAUGAUGAUCUAGAAUGCGCGCGAAUCUGUCUGAGCACGCUGGAGUAUUGCGGGUCCUGUGACCCCGUAGCAGCCAAGUUCCACGCCAAACUAUCAUCUAUAUACCAGCGGCUAACCGAAGACGUACCAACUCUGGAUUCCAUGUUUCAAGACCCUAGAUUGGGUGUUCUCACCGGGCCAUCUCAGUUCUUCCCGCGCCAAUACCUCCUCCGGGUCCCAGAGGACGGCAACCCGGAGCUCAUGGCGCUUGCAUUGGACCUCCUAGUCAUGCUGUGCAAGCCCUUUGGCGGCUUGGAGAACAAGAAGCAUGUUGACGAUAACAUUGAAAACGCGUGGAAAACAGACCCGACCCGCUACGAGCACCCACAGCUCAUCGAGCGUCUGGAGUGGAAUGUCGAGAACUCUGUGCCUUUUCAUUGGGACAUGGGUCAACUCGGCAGCGGAAGUAGUAAUGAGUGCCACGACACGCGGCUGCAGACAAUUUCAUGCCAACGCAAAAAUAUCGUUGAGUUGAUGCGAAUAGGAUUGAAUUACUGGAAUUUAAUUGCAAUCAGCCGCGGUUAA